CAACGAACAUAUAAAAUCUUCCCCGGCAAAAAGCCAGGAAGCCCAGCCCCAAACGAACAUUCAACAAUGACAAUGGCGGCAGCCGCCUCCAGAACUCUACUCCUUUCACUCUCCCACGCCGCCGCAGCCAAACUCACCCACUUCCCCCGCCACCGCCCAUUUCUUGGGUUGCCUAAACCCAGCAGGGUUUUGCUAGGGUUUAACUUCAAACCAAUCUGCACAGCAUCAGCCACCUCCACCACCGAGGCAGCGCCCGCAGCCGAAAUCACGGACCCGGAACAGGCAAAGCACGCUAUUCUCUUGGAGAGGCUUAGGUCCAGACACCUCAAGGAACCCUCCAAACCCAAUUCCCGACCUUCUUCUUCCGCUGCUGCAUCUGCUGUCGAGGGCGAGGAUUCAAAUGGGUCCGAUGGGAAGAAGAAACGGAAGAAGUUUAUGGUGGGGAGUUUUGAGGAGCUGGGGUUGAGCGAAGAGGUGAUGGCAGCCCUCAAAGAGAUGGCAAUUGAAACUCCCACCGAGAUUCAGUGCCUUGGGAUUCCUGCUGUCUUGGAAGGCCAGAGUGUGGUUUUGGGUUCUCAUACUGGUUCUGGAAAAACUCUCUCUUACCUCUUGCCCAUUGUUCAGUUGAUAAGACAGGAUGAGGCAUUAUCAGGUAGAAUGAUGAAGCCAAAGCGUCCUCGAGCUGUUGUUCUAUGCCCCACGAGGGAGCUAUCUGAGCAGGUUUUCCAUGUUGCCAAGUCGAUUAGCCAUCACGCUCGGUUCAGGUCUAUCAUGGUUAGUGGUGGUGGAAGGUUGAGACCUCAGGAAGACUCGCUUAAUAACCCGGUCGAUAUGGUAGUCGGGACUCCCGGUAGGAUUCUUCAACAUAUUGAGGAAGGAAAUAUUGUGUAUGGAGAUGUAACGUAUGUGUAGGUUUUGGACGAGGCAGAUACUAUGUUUGAUCGUGGAUUUGGUCCUGAUAUCCGCAAGUUUCUUGCUCCGUUGAAAAAUCGUGCAUCAAAGGCUGACGGGCAAGGGUUUCAAACUGUUUUGGUUGCUGCAACAAUGACAAAGGGAGUUCAAAUUCUAGUCGAUGAGGAGUUCCAAGGCAUAGUGCAUUUACGCACAUCAACACUGCAUCGAAAGAUUGCAUCUGCUCGCCAUGAUUUCAUAAAACUCUCUGGCUCUGAAAAUAAGCUCGAAGCGUUGCUACAGGUUCUUGAGCCAAGUUUGGCAAAGGGGAACAGGGUGAUGGUCUUCUGUAAUACCCUGAAUUCUAGUCGUGCGGUGGACCAUUUUCUUUCUGAGAAUCAGAUGGCUACUGUUAAUUACCAUGGGGAGGUCCCGGCAGAGGAGAGGGUUCAGAAUCUGAACAAAUUCAAAAGCGACGAUGGAGAUUGCCCCACAUUGGUUUGUACGGACUUGGCUGCUAGAGGACUAGACUUGGAUGUUGACCAUGUGAUAAUGUUUGAUUUCCCCUCUAACUCUGUUGAUUACCUUCACCGCACUGGAAGAACUGCUCGAAUGGGCGCAAAAGGUAAAGUAACAAGCUUGAUCACUAAAAAGGACGUACCACUAGCCACAAGGAUUGAGGAAGCUAUAAGGAAGAACGAGAGCUUGGAGUCCCUCACUAUGGAUGGCGUUCGAAGAGACAAAGCCCGGGCUCGUAUUACUGAACAGAAAGGGAAGAAUGUAAGACUGUCGAAAUCAUCCAGCCAGAGUAGCAAGACUAAACCUCUCGGUGUUAAAUCCAACAGCUCGACCAAGGUCCUGGAUUCCACAAGAAGCUCUAGGCGAAAGCCCUCUCCUGCAACUGCGUCUAGGAGAGUUGUGAAGGUCGGAAAAACACUGAAGUUCUCGAAGAUCGAGAAGCCUUCAAAGACCACGAACUCUUCAAAGACAUUCAAGUCUUCUUCAGGUCCCAAGAAACAAACGGGAAAGAAGCGAAGUCCAACAGCGGUUCCACCAGGAGGUCCAAAGCUAAGUGUUGCAGCCUUGAGAGGCAGGUCGUCUUCCUCUAACAAGAGGGAAACGUCAAGUUUCAGUUGAUGGGUUCUUAGAUCAGAUUAAGUAAGCUUUUUUAGUUGCAGUGAUCACUAUUUUAUGUUGUCUGGUAUAACUGCUGUGAUGUUCGAUAGAGAAUGUCAGUUCUGUAACCAGGCCUAUAAGUAUCCCCAUUGGUAUCUAUUGAAAACACAGGCAGAUUUCCUGCUUUAGUCGUGAAAGGAAUGUUCUUUUUGGAGAUGGGGAAGCCAGAGAUGAAUUAGGAAGAGACAGGAACUUGAGCAAAUGGAAUGAUAUGGCUUUUGGGGACAAGGUGAGUGAUCGAUUGUGGUGUCUAUUGAAAGUCAAAAAUGGGUCAACUUGAUGAUCAACUCUAAUAGAAUUUUUGUUCUUGUCGGGAGAAUCUGUCUGGAGUCACUUCACUUGGGGAAGUUCAGUAGCAAGUACUAGUAGCAAAGGGUGGUGGUAUGUCUGGUCUUUAACUUGAACAUUUUGGAAUCGUCCAGUGAAGAAGAU